AUGCACCUCACGCUCGUUUUCUCUACCUUUCUCUUGAGCUCCUUCCUCGGCUGUGCGCAUGCACAAACCUUAGUAAAUGGCCAGGUCUUUACGAGCGGUCUCGCUAUCGUGGAUGCGCCCGCGCCGAAUAGCCCCAUGCAUGCUGGGUCCGUAACACAAGUAGCCAUCGACAUAUCGGGAGACGGAAAGCUCGACCAGAGCGCAUCCAUCCCCGGCUCGGACAAGUCGACGCGCUUCGACAGCCUUGAGAUCUACCUCGUCUCCUACCAGACGAAGCUCAACCUCACCGUCUCCUCUGGACCCGGUCUUCUCACCCAGGAGCAGGGCAGCACCGUGAAGCACUUCAACUACAACGUCUCGACCUGCAUCCCCGCCGGGUCGUACAACCUGACGUUCUAUGAGGCCUCGCACAUUAACGGAACGGCCUUCUUCUCAAUUACCCCGCUCCCAGUAACGGUCCAGAAUGACCACCCCACAGACGCGUGCACGAACGGCACCAAUACGCUUCUGGACUUCCCACAGGCGUCUUCACCUCCCCCGCAGUCCCCAUGGCUUGACGGCACCUCAAUUGCGACGCAGCCCCUUCCCACUGCCACCGGAAGCAACUCCGCAUGCACCACCACCGCCCUAGCGCCGCUCUCCGUCCUCAUAUUCGCCUUCCUCUCGUUGCUGUCCCUCUAG